AAUUGAGUAAACAGUCACCAGUAACUAAAGGUCAUCUGCAGCAAUCUUUCUUUCCGGGGAAACAAACGGAAAAAGGGGAGAAAAAAAGGAAAAAAGAAAUGAAAAUCCUAAAGCUUGUCAGCCAACUCUCCACUCUCACUUGCAGGAAACCCUUGAAAAAGUUUCGAUUGGAAUCUAAACAAUGGUUCUCGACAUACACAGAGGAACCGGAGCUGAAGGAUUUCAUCCAAUACAUCGAUUCUCUCAAAAACUACGAGAAAUCGGGCGUCCCUAAAGACGCCGGUACCGACUCCGAUGAUGGGUUCGAUUUGGGCCGGAUGAGACGCCUAAUGGACCGCCUGGGUAACCCGCAGUCCAACUUCAAGAGUGUUCACAUUGCUGGGACAAAGGGGAAAGGAUCGACUGCAGCUUAUUUAUCCAACAUUCUAAGGACAGAAGGUUAUUCUGUUGGUUGUUAUACUAGUCCUCAUAUACUUAGUAUAAGAGAACGUAUGUCAGUAGGAAGAUUGGGGAAGCCGGUGUCGUCCAAGACAUUGAAUUGCCUUUUUCGUAGGAUUAAACAAAGUCUUGAUGAAGCUAUUAUUCUUGAAAAUGGAUGUCUUAGUCACUUUGAGGUUCUUACCGCUGUGGCUUUCACUUUAUUUGCUCAAGAGAAUGUUGACAUUGCAAUCAUAGAGGCUGGGUUAGGAGGUGCUAGGGAUGCUACCAACAUUAUUUCUAGUUCUGAACUUGCUGCAUCGAUCAUAACGACGAUAGGAGAGGAACAUUUGGCUGCACUUGGGGGUUCUUUGGAAAGUAUUGCAAUGGCAAAGGCUGGAAUCAUUAAACAUGGUCGUCCACUUCAGUUGAUUUUAGGUGGGCCUUUUCUUCCACACAUUGAUUGCAUUCUUCGUGAUAAAGCAUUAUCAAUGUCUUCACCUAUAGUAUCAGCAUCUGACUCUGGAAUUAGAACAGCUAUAAAAGGAGUCAGCACAUUCAAGGGUAGACCUUCCCAAUCUUGUGACUUGAUGAUACAACUUGACUGUGACUUUCAGCUGUCCAUUGAGUUAUGUGAUCUAAACCUUUCCAUGCUCGGAACUCAUCAACUUCAAAAUGCAGUGACUGCAGCAUGCACAGCACUUUGCCUUUGCAAUCAAGGAUGGAAAAUCUCAGAUGGAUCUAUUAGGGCUGGCUUGGAGAAUACAUGCUUGCAAGGAAGAAGCCAAUUUCUAACAUCAAAAGAAGCUGAGACAUUAGGAUUACCAGGAGCAACAGUAUUGAUUGAUGGAGCCCACACGAAAGAAUCUGCUAAAGCUUUGCUGGACACAAUACAAAUGACAUUUCCGGAUUCACGAUUGGCUAUUGUGGUUGCAAUGGCUUGUGAUAAAGACCACUUAGCUUUUGCUAAAGAGCUUCUUUCAGGUAGACAAGUAGAGGCUGUCUUCCUAACGGAAUCUAACAUUGCCGGUGGCACAUCUCGAACUACUUCAGCAUCUGUUUUAAGAGAUUGUUGGAUGCAAGCUUCCAGAGAAUUAGGCAUCAAAGUUCUUCAUGAUAGAAUUGCAGAAUAUAGGGAAUUGUUUGAGGACAAAUAUAUUUGCUCAACAAGGGACUUAAAACAUGAAAUUCUUGUGGCCACUGAGAAUUCACUAUCAGAUUCCUUGAGGUUUGCUAAUCAAAUUCUUAGAGAAAGAACAUGGAAUCGGUCAGGUAUUAUUGUGGUCACAGGAUCUCUGCAUAUAGUUUCACUAGUAUUAGCUUCUCUUAAUAGGUAAGUGUUGUUUUGUCACAGAUAAACUUGGUCACAUCUUGCAAUCUAUAUGGAAGCCAUAAUCAGAGAUUUGUUUGUAA